AUGGCCUCACCCGAGAUAUGGGCAACUCUCCUGACAGCUGUUGAUCCACUCAGCGUGAGAGCCAUGCCGGCAAUGCUGCAGUCCACUAUCGAUCUGUUGGAGACCGAGCUUGCCAGAGCCAGAGCAGCGCUGGAGGAGCUUCAGUCCCAGCCAGAACCGUGCUAUGCCACCCUCCAGGAUGAUGUUACCGGGGCCGCCAUGGCUGCGUAUAAAACCCACCUUCUCGAACGCGUAGCGGCCUCAAGCAGCAUCAGCCUACCGACAUUCACCUCAGAGCACCGCAGAAGAACAGCUCGGCUGAGGAGACGGCCGACGUCGUUUUGGGAUGUCAUUUCCAACUCGCUCGUCCUGGAUCAUCUUACUCCUUAUCUCUCGGUGGCAUCCCUCCUGUCUCUUGCCUCAACCUGUACAGCACUGCGUGCCCUUAUCAUGGACACCCCCUAUGUCUUCCGGUAUCUAGAUCUUACCAGCUGCAAGGGCGCCCAGCUCUCGUGGAUGCGCACCGUCGACAGAAACAUCAACACCGCUGCUGCCACCGCCGCUGAAGAGACGCCGGCAGACGAGCAGAUCUACUCCGCGCCCCUGCGGACAAUAUUUGACGACCUGGGACGCAGGUCGGUCCUUCAGGACGUCCGGACGCUGGUUCUGGACGGCCUCCCGGUAACGGCACAGCUGGUCUCGGAUAUCCUGUUGACCGACCGUUUCCGCGUCUCUCUCCUCUCCAUCCGGGGCUGCCUGCACCUGGACGAGCGCAAGCUGAGGCAGGCCAUCGACUGCGACUCCUGCGACUCCUGCAAGCGGCGCAAGCCCAUCAGACAACAGGAAGCUGCCGGUCUGCAACACAUCGACGCUUGGCCACCGAGAUUCGUCGAACCAUCGCCGACACCGUCAGCGUCAUCGCGCCCCGCAUCACUCUGA